AUGACAAACCGUAAGCGGGACAGGACGCCUGAAGACCGGGACCCACACCCCUCUCGUCCUCCUAACCGCUCGCGUUCAUCCCCACCUUUUGCAACCCUACCGAUUCAACAGCCACCUUUACGCCCACAAUCAGCCACAGCAGCAUGUGCAGCCUUUGCACGUCGUUUCAUUCAAGGCGACUGGUUUUCUCUCUUCAACGAAGCUGUCGCUGCUGCCGUUCCAGCGUCUCGACCGCACAGUGUCUCAUCCGCCCGGUCCACAGCCACGUUCGCCCGACUGAACCGAGCCAAACGAUUCGCGCAUUGCGGGGACUGGUCGCGUUCCCUUGCCGCUUUAGAAGCUGGCGAGCUUGCCCCACCGACCCCUGAAACUGUUACUGCGCUUAAGGCCAAGCACCCUCCUGCUACCGAAAAACUUCCAGACUGGCUGUCCGACUUCUCGCCUUCGGAAGUGCCUCAGCUCACCAUUCCACUUCUUCAUCAGGCCUUGCGUUCAGCCCCACGAGGCACAGCUGCUGGCCCUUCGGGGUGGCUUAUCGAGCAUCUUCGGGACACCUUCCUCUCGUACCAGACUCAUCUGCCGCAUCUUCUGCGCCUGUUCCACAAUUGGCUGCAAGGCGACCUCCCGCAAACAGUUCGACCUUACUUCACCGCAUCUAAUCUUGUUGCCCUCCAGAAGCCGCAUGGAGGGGUCCGCCCCAUCGCCAUCGGCGAGAUACUGCCGCGCCUGCUGUCCCGUUGCGUUACUCUUCACUUCAAGCAGCAGAUCCGGGACUUCUUCCUUCCCUCCCUACAAUUUGGGGUCGCUGUCUCCGCAGGGAUCGAGGUUAUGGCCCAUGCAGUCCAGUCGGCCCUCUCCCUCCACCCAGAGUGGGUUGUGCUGGAACUGGAUGUUGCCAACGCCUUCAACUCCUUCAGCCGUUCCGCUAUGUUCAACGCCCUGCGAGACUCCCCGUUCUCCAGCCUCAUCCCUUUCUUCCGCCUCUUCUAUGCCUCCCCCUCUUCUCUCCAUUACCGCAGCGGCCCAUUAAUCGAGACACUGCAGUCAUCAUCGGACGACACGUACAUGGUCGGUCCUGCGCAUGACGUGUUUCCUGCCUACACAGCGCUUACAGCUCGUCUCAAUGACCUGGGCCUGAGGGUGCAACCAUCAAAAUGCUCCCUCUGGGCCCCUUUGGACCUCCCUUCGGACCUCACACCUCCAUCAGACAUCAUCAUUGCCCCUAACGGUCUCACGGUUGCAGGAGUGCCUAUCGGAUCGGACACCCACAUUAUCUCCACAGUUCGAGACAAACUGCACUCUUUCUCUUCAUCACUGCCUCUCCUGCAUGACCUUCAUGAUCCACAGACUGCCUCCCGCCUCCUUACUCUCUGCAUUUCCGCCCGUCCCUCAUUCCUCCUCCGCACAGUUGCACCAUUUCCCGAGGUAGAAGAGCUUUACACUGACUGGGACAACACCUUGCUGGACCACUUUGUUCGCCUCAUCGGCUCUGACUACUGGCCUCCUGCGUUUGACCACACUGCCACAGCACACCGACAGCCAUUCCUUCCCAUUCGCCUCGGUGGGUUCGGCCUCCGUUCUUCAGCUGCAACUGCUUCUCUCAGUUACCUGUGCAGCUGGGCACAGACAGUUUCACUCCUCUCGUCAUGCUUCACCAUUCAUGGCUCCCCUAUUUUCCGUCCCUUCAUCGCUUCAGGCACCAUGGACCGCCUUGACCCAUGCAUUCCCACAGCCAUGUCCAAACUUCAUCCUUCCAUUCGGCAGCACUUCCCUACCUGGCCCGCACUUCACGCUGGCUAUCCACAGAAGCUAUAUUCCUACCUUUCACAGCACUUGGAGGCUGUCAUGCUCGAGCGCGUGCGAUCCACAACCCUUCAGUCGUCUCUCACGUCCUCCGCUGCCCAUCCUCUAACGAGCCUACCAGGGUCCACGACGCCAUCAAGCAUGAGGUUCAUCGCAUCACGUCCGAGCUUGGUUACGUCGUACAGCUGGAGGACUCCCACCUUCUUUCAGGACGUCGCCUAG